CCGCGCGCCGGACCCGCCUGGAAGCCGCUCUCCUGGCCGGCGGCCGCGCCCGCCCGCCCGUCGGUCCCCUGCCCAGAAGCUCCGCCCGCCGGUGUCCCAACCCCCGCCAGGCUCCUGUGCCGCCAGGCCGUCGGCGCCGCCCCACCGUUCCCCUCCCUCCACCGGUCCCCUCCAUUGCUCAAGAUGGAUAAGAGGACCAAGGUAUUCAUUUGUGCUGCUGCUUCAUAUUGGUUCUUGUCGGUCAUAUCAAUUAUUGGUCGGUCUAGAAAAAGAAAACGAGUUGCAAGAAGGGAAGGGAUUACUUAUGCCCCAAUGUUUGAAAGGGAUAGGAAGAGGAUUGACUACCUGAAUGACAAAAUUUGGAGGAAUGACACUACUUGUGUAGACAUGCUGAGAAUGAACAAAGCACGUUUCUUUCGGUUUUGUCAGUUGUUUAGAGAUCAUGCUUUACUUGAAGAUACCGUUCAUAUGUGUGUUGAGCAGCAAGUGGCAAUGUUUCUACAUACUGUUGGACAUAAUGUUAGGAAUAGAGUAAUUGCAACCAAUUUUGGUAGAUCCGGAGAAAUGGUCAGUCGUUAUUUUAACAUAGUACUUCAUGCUAUUGGUGAGCUACGAGAGGAUUAUAUUAGGCCCCCUUCAUUGGACACUCCACCUCACAUAGAAGGAAACCCAAGGUGGGAUCCAUAUUUUAAGAUUUGAGAUCACACUGGAUACUUCCUUAUGGCAUCUGAUAUGCAACCACUUAGUGGCCAUGAGAUACCCACCCGUGCUGUGGAGAACUGUGGAGUUUCUGAUCAUACAUGUCAUGGCAAAUGCCAAAGCUGUGAUAGCGAUGUAAAACCAUCUUGUGCUGAAGUGAAUGGAAUUUCCUUGUCGUUUGGUAGUCAUACUGAUGGGAAGGCUUCAAAAGAGACCUGUGAUUGCGCUGAUCCUGAUGGCUGUUUGAUUGCCACAAAUGGAAGUUGCAUGGCUAUUGAUGAGCUAACACAGGAGUUUGAGAGAGAACAAGCUGGGGCUACACUAGAGGAUCUGAUUUUCUCUAACGAUGAAGAGGAAGAUGACAGUGACUGGGACCCUGCUAGUAGCCUUGUUAUGAAUAGGUGGUUUUGCUUGAAUUGCACAUUGCCAAAUGUGGACGCGGUUAUGUAUUGCCUGAAUUGCCAUGAGCUUAAGGGAUCAGGUGUAGAUGGAUAUGAUGCUUUCAAAACUCAAAUUGCAGAGGCAGCUUUGGUAUCUCCUGACACAGAAUUGUCGGAGGUGUCUACAGCGAUUGGUUUUGAUGAAAGAAUGCUGCUCCACAGUGAGCUAGAAGUUAAACCAAAUCCACAUCCAGAAAGACCGGACCGCCUUCGUGCAAUUGCUGCCAGUCUUUCUGCUGCAGGAAUCUUUCCCUCAAAAUGUGCUUUGGUACCCCCUCGGGAAAUUACCAAGGAGGAACUUCUAAUGGUUCAUACUUCAGACCACAUUGAAAGUGUUGAGCAGACAAAGAACAUGCUUUACAGUUACUUCACUUCGGAUACUUAUGCAAAUGGACACUCAGCAUGUGCCGCCAAACUUGCAGCAGGACUCUGUGCUGAUCUUGCUAGUUUGAUAGUAUCUGGGCGUGUUCAAAAUGGCUUUGCAAUGGUGAGACCUCCUGGACAUCAUGCAGGGGUGAAGCAAGCAAUGGGUUUUUGUCUUCACAACAAUGCAGCAGUGGCUGCGUUAGCUGCAAAAAGAGCAGGUGCCAAGAAAGUCCUCAUAGUUGACUGGGAUGUGCACCAUGGAAAUGGCACACAAGAGAUAUUCGAAGGGGACAAAUCUGUCUUGUACGUAUCAUUACAUCGUCAUGAGUAUGGAAACUUCUACCCUGGAACUGGAGCAGCACAUGAGGUUGGAAUUCUUGAUGGUCAAGGUUUCUCAGUUAAUAUACCUUGGAGCCGUGGCGGUGUUGGAGACAAUGACUACAUCUUUGCUUUUAAGACUGUGGUGCUUCCAAUAGCUGCAGAAUUUGCCCCAGACAUCACAAUAAUAUCGGCAGGAUUCGAUGCAGCUAGAGGUGACCCUCUGGGUUGUUGUGAUGUUACUCCGAUGGGAUACUCUAUAAUGACAUCCUUGUUAACUGCUUGCUCAGGGGGAAGAUUGUUGGUGAUACUUGAGGGAGGAUACAAUCUUCGGUCUAUAUCCUCAUCAGCUACUGAAGUUGUUAAGGUCUUAGUUGGGGACGGUUCAAGUUUUGAUGUUGCAACUGCACCAUCAAAAGAGGGCUUGGAGACUGUUUUACAAGUACUGAAGAUUCAGCAACAAUUUUGGCCAAUUUUAGGUCCAACCUAUGCAUCGCUGCAGGCACAUCAGGGGUCGUUUUUUUCCAAAUCUACUAGCAAGAAAAGGAAGCAUUCAGGAGUGCCAGGGCCCUUCUGGUGGAACUUUGGAAGCAAAAGGCUACUGUACAAAGCACUCUAUGAGGGCCCCCUUCUGAGGAAGAUCAAGGGGUUUGGACAAGGAAAAGCAAUUGAUUCGGCAGAGCCUUAGAUGAUAUGCCGGACAUGAACAGCAUAGUUGUCUGACUGGGGUUCCUAAAGCAGUAGUUUGCAUUUACCUAGAGCCAAGUUUUGACUGGUUUCUUGAAUGGUGGUCGACCAUUUUAGAUGAAGUUUAACAGCAACCCCGUUUUGUUGACGUGUGGUGUUUCAGCCGAUGUAUCAUCUGAACCUUUUAUUUGGCUGGUUUGUACCAUAAGCCUCCAGGCUUCAGCGUUAGCAACAUUGCAUGAUUGGAGUUUGCAUUCCCGUUGGGCUAUUAGAAUGCCAUUGAUGUAUGUAGCAGAUUCUCAAUUGGAAUACCUUGAAGAUUUUGAAUGACAUCUCAGUAUUUAGCUCC